CUAGACAGUAAGAGGAACAGGGAAAUCUAAAGACUCCAGAUGACAUCAGCGCUACUUUUCAACAGCCUUCUCCAUUUCCUUGCUCAGAAAGUAGAAACAGACCUCAGAGACAGAUGGGACUAAAGAAGAAAUUCACAUGUAUGGUUCACUCUCAUGCGUUAUCUACUUACAAGCAAGCCUGCCUCCUCCAGCCUCCCUGCUGACAAAUGGUGGUGGAUUAUAGAUGAGGACACGCUGACCCAUUCGACCUUGCUGAGACAGCGGGGAGGGGCCUCCUGCAACUUGAGGGAAGCUUUAGGUCAUUUAGAGGACAAGGUCAUGAGCCAGGUGGGGAAAUGACAUGAUAUCACAUGACAGUAGCCUGAUGACAUGGUCAGUGUGUCAAGGACAAAUGCAUCAGUAUCGAUUAAACAUUAUUGCAAUACUUCAUUGGAGGUGCUAGUAUUUCUUAAUUGUUCCAGCUGCGUUUUUUUUGUUUUUUGGGUUUUUUUUUUUUUAAGAAGAGUGCAGAAUACGACAUGUCUUUUAGCAGUGUUAAAGUAUCUGUGUACAUGAAAAUAGAACUGGUUUAGGAAGCCUUUCCUGUUAAGUUUAUUUGAUCAUCUAGAGUGUUUUGUCUUUAAUUAUUGCUUAGUUUGCAGCCCCUUGACUAUCAGUACUUUUAAGGAGUUAUUUGAAAAUUAAGGCAGGCAAAUUAAAAUGAGGUAGUAUGUGUUGUUAAAAAAAAAAUGUAUCAACUUCUGUCAUCACCCUACUCAAUGAUUUGGCAUGCCUUUUCACAUUUUGGAUAAAAGACUAAGCCAAGUAAAAAUGCCUCAUAGAAAGGAGCCUCAGUAUUUUGAAUUUAUUAGUUCAAAAUUACCACUAUGCUACCAUAAUUAUAAAGUGUUAAAGAUGUUUUUUAAAUAAUUUUGAGACCUGAAAAUAUUUUUUUAAAUAGCUUAUGGUUAUACUUAGUAUGAAAACUUUAAGAUAAAUGAAAAUCUUUUGGACAUCUUUUCACUAUUGGUAAUGCACAUGCUUUUCUUGAAGAAGUGGUCGUGAGCUAUUAUAUUACCUUUUUAAGUGCAAAAUCUUAAGAAUCUUUGCUGAGUCCAUUAACCCUAUGUUAAUACUUGAAAGUAUAAAUCCAUGUAAACAGUAUUGGAUAGUCCAAUUUAGAAAAAUGCCGUUUAAAAAAACUGAACAGUGGAAUGCAGAGUACUGAUCAUGAUUCUCAUUUCUGGGAAAAUAUAAUUAUUGUUGGGUACUGUUGGAUCUAAGCCCCCAGUCCAACAGGAGGUAAUUUUGUGAUCCUGAAAUUAAAAAAAAAGAAAAGAAAAGAAAAAGAAAGAAAGAAAGAAAAAAAAAACAGUGGUAAAGUGUGAUGAAUUAGUUCACUGAAGUAGACACAUCUGUAUUUUCAUGGCAUGUGCAUGGGGACGUGUGUGUGUGUGUGUGUGUGUGUUUAAUUUUGACCGUGCUGUGCAUGUGUUAGCUGCUCUCAAACCCUGACUCAAGCUUGGUGGAGGUUUAAUCCUGUGCCCUUGUACACGUAGACUUGAUUAGUAGUUGUGGUUAUCUCAGCAGAAGACAUACCGCCCUCCUCCUAGUAUUGGUCGGGACCCGGGCAUUGGGGAGUCAAGGCAAAGGAGAAAGAAAAGAGAUUUUACAUUAGUAUUCUAUGAAAGCCUUACUGUCUGCAGAACAGAUUGAUUGCUCCGGUGUACCUGUGCUUGGCACCACUGCUGUGAAAGAAAGAACACUGCUAUUUGCAUUUAAUUGGAAACAAAAGAUGAAGAAGGAGAAGCAGUAUAUUCGCUAAGGAGUCUAUCUGCUUGCUGCUGCAGACCUAUGUAUUAAGGAAUUCUUUUGCUUCUUCUUGUGUAGGAGUUGAUCAGCUCUGUGGUCAUACUACUUUGGAAUUUGCCUGUCUUUCAUCUUGUCAUUGCCAGAGAAAUCCUGGUUGGAAUGUAACAGGACAUCUCCAUCUGAUUACUAUGGAAGGUGAUAAACUGACACUCACUUAUUAAAGUUACAUCUCACUCACCCACAGAAAACCAUUCUUUAACGUGAAUAGAAACCAAGCCCUUGUGAACACUUCUAUUGAACAUGACUCAUGGAGAAGAGCUUGGCUCUGAUGUGCACCAGGAUUCUAUUGUUUUAACUUACCUAGAAGGAUUACUAAUGCAUCAGGCAGCAGAGGGAUCAGGUACUGCCAUUGACAAAAAGUCUGCUGGGCAUAAUGAAGAAGAUCAGAACUUUAACAUUUCUGGAAAUGCAUUUCCCACCUGUCAAAGUAAUGGUCCAGUUCUCAAUACACAUUCAUAUCAGGGAUCUGGCAUGCUGCAUCUCAAAAAAGCCCGACUCUUGCAGUCUUCUGAAGACUGGAAUGCCGCGAAGCGGAAGAGGCUGUCUGAUUCCAUCGUAAAUUUAAAUGUGAAGAAGGAAGCUUUGCUAGCUGGCAUGGUUGACAAUGUGCCUAAAGGCAAACAAGACAGCACAUUGCUGGCCUCUUUGCUUCAGUCAUUCAGCUCUAGGCUGCAGACCGUUGCUCUGUCGCAGCAAAUUAGGCAGAGCCUCAAGGAGCAAGGAUACACACUCAGUCAUGAUUCUUUAAAAGUGGAGAAAGAUUUAAGGUGCUACGGCGUUGCAUCAAGUCACUUAAAAACGCUGUUGAAGAAAAGCAAAGCUCAAGAUCAAAAGCCUGAUACCAGUCUUCCUGACCUAACUAAAAACCUCAUCAGAGACAGGUUCGUAGAGUCACCACAUCAUGUUGGACAAAGUGGAACAAAGGUCAUGAGUGAACCCUUGUCGUGCGCUGCCAGAUUACAGGCCGUUGCAAGCAUGGUGGAAAAAAGGGCUAGUCCGGCCACUUCACCCAAACCUAGUGUCGCUUGUAGCCAGUUAGCAUUACUCCUUUCAAGUGAAGCCCAUUUGCAGCAGUAUUCUCGAGAACAUGCUUUAAAAACACAAAAUGCAAAUCAAGCAGCAAGCGAAAGACUUGCUGCCAUGGCCAGAUUACAAGAAAAUGGCCAAAAGGAUGUUGGCAGUUUCCAGCUCUCGAAAGGAAUGUCAAGCCAUCUCAAUGGUCAAGCAAGAACACCGUCAAGCAAACUAAUGGCAAGCAAAAAUACCACCUUUCAGAAUCCAAUGGGUGUCGUUCCUUCUUCCCCCAAAAAUGCAAGCUGUAAGAACUCACUAGAAAGAAACAGUAUCAAACAAGCUGCUAAUAAUAGUUUGCUUUUACAUCUUCUUAAAAGCCAGACCAUACCAAAGCCAAUGAAUGGACAUAAUCAUAGUGAGAGAGGAAGCAUUUUUGAGGAUAGUAGUACACCCACAACUAUCGAUGAGUACUCAGAUAACAAUCCUAGUUUUACAGAUGAUAGCAGUGGCGAUGAAAGUUCUUAUUCCAACUGUGUUCCCAUAGACUUGUCUUGCAAACAUCGAAUCGAGAAACCAGAACCUGACCAGCCUGUUUCUCUCGAUAAUUUAACUCAGUCCUUGCUAAACACCUGGGAUCCCAAAGUCCCCACCACUGUAGACAUCAAAGAAGAUCAGGAUACCUCAAGGAAUUCUAAGCUAAAUUCACACCAGAAAGUAACACUUCUUCAAUUGCUACUUGGCCAUAAGAAUGAAGAAAACGUAGAAAGAAACAGUCCUCAGGAAGUACACAGCGAUGUGACCAAGUUCAGUACCCAGAAUUACACGAGGACUUCUGUAAUAGAAAGCCCCAGUACAAACAGGACUACCCCAGUGAGCACUCCUCCAUUCCUUGGAUCCACAAAAGCAGAGUCCCCCAUCAAUCUUUCCCAACACUCUGUGGUCAUCAGAUGGAAGUCCCCACCAUAUGCCUGUGGCUCUCAGGCUGAAAAGCCCGCAAAUACUGCAUCUAACCACUUGAUGGACCUUACAAAGAGCAAGGAAUCGCAAGGAGAGAAACCAGUCCAGAACGAAGGCGCCCAAAACCCUGCAACUUUCAGUGCCAGUAAACUGUUACAGAAUUUAGCUCAGUGUGGAAUGCAGUCAUCCCCGUCAGGAGAAGAGCAGAGACCUAGCAAACAGCUGCUAAGUGUCAACACAGAUAGACCUGUAGGCAUGGUUGAUAGAUUAAAUAGUCCUCUGCUCACAAAUAAAGCAAACGCAGUGGAGGAAAACAAGGCAUUUAGCAGUCAAGCAACGGGUCCCGAAUCAGGACUUUCUGGUUCUGAAAUAGAAAAUCUGCUUGAAAGGCGCACUGUCCUCCAACUGCUCCUGGGAAACCCCAACAAAGGGAAGAGUGAAAAGAAAGAGAAGAUUUCUUUAAGAGAUGAAAGUACUCAGGAACAUACAGAUAGAGCUUUAAGUGAACAAAUACUGAUGGUAAAAAUAAAAUCUGAGCCUUGCGAUGACUUACAUAUUCACAAUUCGAAUGUGCACUUGAGCCAUGAUGCCAAGGGUGCCCCAUUCUUAGGUCUGGCACCUCCGGUGCAGAGAAGCGCAGCUGCCUUACCAGUGUCCGAGGACUUCAAAUCGGAGCCCGUUUCACCUCAGGAUUUUUCUUUCUCAAAGAAUGGUCUGUUGAGUCGACUGCUCAGACAAAAUCAAGAGACUUACCUGGUGGAUGAUCUGGACAACAGUCACAGAAACAGUGAACUGACAGUUCUAGAAUCAAAGAACCUUUGCAUGGUCCCUAAGAAAAGGAAGCUUUAUACUGAGCCUUUAGAAAGCCCUUUUAAAAAGAUGAAAAAUAACAUAGUUGAUGCUGCAAACAGUCACAGUGCUCCGGAAGGACUGUAUGGGUCCUUGCUUAACCAGCAAGAGCUGAAAUUUAGCAAAAAUGAUCUUGAAUUUAAAUACCCUGCCAGUCAUGCUUCAGCCAGCGAAAGUGAACAUAGGAGUUGGGCCAGAGAGAGCAAAAGCUUCAAUGUUCUGAAGCAGCUGCUUCUCUCAGAAAACUGUGUAAGAGAUUUGUCCCAGCACAGGAGUAACUCCGUCGUCGAGAGUAAAAAGAAAGGACACAAAAAUAAUGUGACCAAUAGCAAACCUGAAUUCAGCAUUUCUUCUCUAAAUGGACUGAUGUACAGUUCCACUCAGCCCAGCGGUUGCAUGGAGAACAGGACAUUUCCAUACCCAGGAGUGGUAAAAGAUCCCAUGAGUCCUCCUUUUUCUGAGCACUUGGGCUGUGCAGGGUCUAGACCAGAAUCUGGGCUUUUGAAUGGGUGUUCCGUGACCAGUGAGAAAGGACCCAUUAAGUGGGUUAUCACAGAUGCGGAUAAGAAUGAGUAUGAAAAAGACUGUCCAAGGCUGACCAAAACUAACCCAAUACUGUAUUACAUGCUUCAGAAAGGAGGCAAUGCUGUUACCAGUCGAGAAACACAGGACAAGGACAUUUGGAGGGAGCCCUCAUCUGCUGAAAGUGUCUCACAGGUUACAAUCAAAGAAGAGUUACUUCCUGCUGCAGAAACUAAAGCUUCUUUCUUUAAUCUAAGAAGCCCUUAUAAUAGCCAUAUGGGAAGUAACGUCUCUCGCCCACACAGUGCAAAUGGAGAAGUUUAUGGACUUCUGGGAAACGUGCUAACAAUAAAAAAGGAAUCAGAAUAAAAUGUACCUGCCAUACAGCUUUGGAUCUUUUUAAAACUACUUAGUAUGAACUUGAGAUCUGUAUAAAUAAGAGCAUGAUUUGAGCAAAGCAUGAUAAAAUUGAAACUUUUUUCACUUUGAAAAGUCUUGGUUACUGGUGAUGUUUAAAUAUGCAUACUACUUUUUGCUUUACGUUAGAUGUCAUGAGGAGACUACCGAACUAGCAAUUGGUUGUUUAACACUCUGUAUGCAUCAGACAACAACUGUGAGUAGCCUAUGAAUGAAAUUCUUUUAUAUAAUCAGAUAAUAGGCAUAAAUGAAAAUGUAAAUCUCCAUCCAUAGUGGAUUAACGCAUUUUGCCUUUAUUAGGGUACUUUAUUUUGCUUUUCAGAAGUCAGCCUACAUAACACAUUUGUUUUUAAAUCCAAAUUGUUAAAUAACUCUUUAAAUGUUAAUUAUUGGAUUAAAAAAAAAAACUAAUUCACUUCUCAUUAUCUGAUUCAAAAAUAAAUUAGAAAAAAUAUAUGCUUACAUUUUUCACUUUUGCUAAAAAACAUAUUUAUUUUUAACUCUUGGAAGGGGUUUUGUGGUUCCCAACGUGUCUCCCCCACCCCAGUCCUUUUCAAUAUAUAUUUCUUUAAACCUUGUACUACUUAGUAAAAAUUGAUUACAAUUGAUGGAAGUUUGAUAGAUCCUUAAAAAAAGGCAGAUUUCCAUUUUUGUAUUUUAGCUACUUUACUAAAUAUUCCUCCUUUUACAGAAUUAGGAAAGUUAACCAUUUACCUUCAGGUGGUUUCCUGAACAGUUGAAUAUUUAAGAAGUUGUUUUUAACAGAAGCAAAAUGGCUUUUCUUUGGACAAUUUUCACCAUCUCUUGUAAAAGUUACUUCUCACCAUUUCUGUGGUACCUGUGAGUCUUAUGACCAGGGUUUCUUAAAAGCUGGACUCAGACCACCUGCAUUAGAAUCAUCUGGAGCCCUUGUUUUAGAAUGCAGAUUCCUAGGCAGCAUCUCAGAUCUACAGAUCAAGAAUCUCUGCUAAGUGGACCUGAGAAUCUUCCAUCUGCAUCUAAACACACUCCCUAGAUGUUUCUUCUGCACGCUGAAGUUUGAGAACCAUUGCUUAUGACUUUUCUCAGAACACAGGAUUGUAAAAAAAACUACUUGAUGCCUAUAUUUUCCCCAGUACAGUUAUACAUCAACUCAAAAUUUGCAAUAUUAUAGUUCGUAUAUAACCGUUAUGUCUUUGGAAAAUCGGGUUCAGAAUACUUUUUAUGACAAAAAAAAAAUUGGGUGGAGGGGACAACUUUCAUAUCUGGCUCAACAUCUCAGGAAAAUCUGUGAUUAUUUAUGUGUUCUAAUGAGUAACAUCUACUUAAUUAGCCUUAGGGAUGGAAUAACAGGGCCACUUACCAAACUCAGGUGAUUCCAGGAUGGUUUGGAAAUUUCUCCUGAAUACAUCCUUAGUUUCCAUUAAAAUCAUUGUCCUAAGAACAUUGCUGACAAAGAUGAAAACAUUUAUUUCAAACCCAAGAAAGGCACUAAACUCAGAUUGACUAAACAGAAAAAUACAAAGGGCACAUAUACAUGACAGAGUUGUACACGGUCACUCCAUUGGACCUAUUAUUUUAAAAUUGUAAUUAGAAGUAAACAUUGAUGUUAUCUUGGAAGAACAUAUUAUUGAGCCACAUGAGGUUUUGAUCUUGAAACAAGUCCAUACGUUUAAGUUCAGCUUUCACAGUCCACAGUUCAUUGACCAGAUAAUAUUUUUCUUUUUAAAAGUGAGCCAGGUUUGCAACUGACCUAUCAAAAAAUUGUUAUAUAAUCAACUAUUAAUUAGAAGGAAAUCUAUUUGAAGUUGUUCUACUUGAAGACGUUUCUAAGAUUUUUAUAUUAAAAAUGGGCGUUAUUUCCUAAUACGAUCUAAAACCCUAAAUGAUUAUUUUUUUCUCGAAAUGAUUUGUAAAUAGUUACUGGAUAUAUUAUAAAACAAUAGUCAGGAGUGAAUAUUAUGCUAUAUCAUGGAGAGAUGAAGGUAUACGCUUAUUCUGAAGUAAAAAUCCCACUGGCCAGUGAAUAUAUUCUACUUCAUCCCAUGUUGAUUCUGUGACAAUCUUCUUGUCUACACUAUAUAAAUAAGCUUUUAAGCAAGUCAUUUUUUUCCCUGCCAUUAUGAAAGGUCUGGAGCCUUAGAGAUAUGCUAAAAAAAUUGUUGGUAUUCCCCUUUGGUCAGGGGAAAAUGGGCUUUCACAAGGGAGUGAAAUUUAGGUCAGGGAAAAGAACAUCAAGGGCCGGCAUCACUAUAUUUUUGUUUGUUUCUUCAGUUGGUUGGUUGUUUUUGUUGUUGUCAUCGUUCACAAUUAAAGGAAUGAGGAUAUAUAAUACGUAGAUAAACAUGACCAGAAGAAUGACGUUCUGAUUUACUAGAGAAUGUCCCCAAUUUGAUUUUAGGGUGAUUUUAAAGAAAAACCAGUGAGAAAGGGCAUACAUCCAUAAAUUCACUUUGUUUAUGCAUAUGUAGAUAUGAGGAUGCACAUAUACACAUUUUCAAGGACUAUUUUAGAUAUCUAGACAAUUUCUUCCUAAAGAAGUCAUUUGUGAAAGGGUACUGCAGCUCUCAUUGACAUCAGUAAGGUAGCAUUACCUGUUUAUUCUCUGGUACAUGUUACAGAAGAGUAAACUGGUGAGAGUAUAUAUUUUAUAUAUAUAUAUAUAUAUAUAUAUAUAAUAUGUAUAUAUAUAUAUAUUGACUUGUUACAUGAAGAUGUUAAAAUCAGUUUUUAAAGGUGAUGUAAAUAGUGAUUUCCUUAAUGAAAAAUACAUAUUUUGUAUUGUUCUAAUGCAACAGAAAAGCCUUUUAAUCUCUUUGGUUUCUGUAUAUUCCAUGUAUAAGUGUAAAUAUAAUCAGACAGGUUUAAAAAUUGUGCAUGUAUGUAUACAGUUGCAAGUCUGGACAAAUGUAUAGAAUAAACCUUUUAUUUAAGUUGUGAUUACCUGCUGCAUGAAAAGUGCAUGGGGGACCCUGUGCAUCUGUGCAUUUGGCAAAAUGUCUUAACAAGUCAGAUCAGAUGUUCAUCCCAACAUGACAGUAUUCCAUUUCUGGAUAUGACUUCUGUGGUUUAAGCUUUGUGAAAGAAUGUGCUUUGAAUCCAAGGGUCUUAAAACUUUUUAAAAUCAAGUCAACCACUUUUCAACAUAACGAGUUCACACAACUACUUUCAUGAAUUUUUUAAUCCCAUUGGAAAUGUACUAUUAUACCAGGCGUAUCCCAGUAUACUGGAAUACAGGCACAUUACCAUUCAUGAUAUGAAUUCUGGGGUUUACACAACCAAUUUUGAUGCGAUCUGCUUAGUAAUAUAAUUUGUCGUUUUUAUUAGAGAUUUCAUUUCUUCAUGUGAUGUCAUGAAACUGUACAUACUGCAGUGUGAAUUUUUUUUUGUUUUUUAAUCUUUUAGUGUUUACUUCCUGCAGUGAAUUUGAAUAAAUGAGAAAAAAAUGCA